GUAAGGGAAAGAGGCGGGGCGUCGUUAUGAGGCACCGCCUUCCGCCUCCCUCCAGCGGUCGCGCCGUACCUGACCGGAAGCGAGUGCGGGCCCAGCCGGAGAUGGCUGACCCUGGGGAAAGAAACUAUGACAACAUGCUGAGAAUGCUGUCAGACCUGAAUAAGGACUUGGAAAAGCUAUUGGAAGAGAUGGAAAAAAUAUCAGUGCAGGCAACCUGGAUGGCCUACGACAUGGUCGUCAUGCGCACCGACCCCGCACUGGCAGAGUUCAUGCACCGCCUGGAGGAUGCCUUCCUCAACUGCAAGGAGGAGAUGGAGAAGAGCCGGCAAGAGCUGCUUAGUGAGACCAAGCGCAAGCAGUAGGCCCCAUCGCCCACCUACAGCCACCGCCUACCACCUGCCUGUGUGCAGAAGCACAGGGCUGAGUCAGUUACCCCAGAUGUACAGCUGUAUAGACAGUCUUGUUUCUCAGUAAACUUAUUUUGAAGCACA